AUGAACAGUCACAGUGAAACUCUUAGGAAUAUUCUGACAACGAAUAGUGGAGUGUGCAAGUUCUUUAAAACUUUUAGAUACCCGUCUUCCCAACGUGAUAGAGCAGAAAAAGAUUUGAAAAAAGCGCUAGAACUCAUCUCGGCAAAAAAGGACGCGUUAUUGCCGAAAUCAAACCUAUGGCUCAGUAAUUUCGAUGUUAUGAUGUGUAGUUCGGUCAAAGAGGAACAGCAUUUCUUCCGUUUGAAGUCAAAUAUCGCUAUAGAGCAUGACAUAGCUACCGAUUCUUUUCGAACCAAUAUUCAGGAACGGUUCAAACGUCCUUUAUUAUCUAAAGAACCACUCCAUAUAUCAGAUCCUAAUAAGAAAGCCAAAACAGAUUUUACGUUUGAUGUUUCAUUUGACGAAUAUGUUGACUCCAUCGAGACUAAUGGAAAUGAAAUUGAUGAUGAUUCCGAAAUCAUUGACGUGGAACCUUCGACAGAUUGGGAAUUUGACACAACAGUUCCAAGCUGGUUGAAAAAAGUAAUGGAACAACAUAAAUUAUUAACUUCACAAACUGAUCCAUCUAAGAGAUUAGAAUCAGCAAAAGACCCGAUCUGGUGGCGGAUCUUAGAUUCCUCGGAGUCAAACAUCGUGCCAGGCCUUCUGACAAAAGCAGAUAUGUCGGAGCUGAUCACCGUAUUUUCAUCUGCCCUUAAUGUUGGCCAUCCCACCGAUGAUUGGACCAUACUAGGACCUGCGACCGAGAGGUGUUUGCAGUCUCUCGCUAUGCUUGAUAACGAUCAACUUCGUAAGACUGGAAAAAUGGUGCAACUCGAAGGAACACAUGGUGCCAUCCUUGAAAUUCUGAAAAUGGUGAAAAAUGCCGAGACAUCAAGCUUGAACAUCUCCUUAUUUGACGAUGAAAAUACGACCGAUAAGAUAAAACCUGCACUUCUUGUUGAGGAGGAAGACUACCUGAAUCCUGAUGUGCAGUUCAUUUUGGACCUGGUUCGAUUUACGUGUGAAAUGAUUGCGAAGGGGAUUCCCCAACGAAAAAAUUCGGAGAGAGAUAUUGAUGUGUUUAUAAAACGGCAUAUUUUUUCAUGCCUCGACAAUAUUCUGGACAGUCACUUUGGAGAGAUGGUUUCAAGGGCUUCUCGGGAUCGCCGAGCUGAAGCAACAGAUGCUCCAAAAAAUACAGAGGGCUAUCACUUGGAUUGGAUGUUCACGAAGCAUGACUUAGGAAAAGAUUUACCGUAUGGUCGUGAAUUUUCUCUUUGUGAGCGCACGGGUUCUAAAAUUGAAAAUAAACGAAAGAUCCUUUCGAAUACUCUAAAAGUGCAGAAAACACUAAGAGACAUGCAUAGAGCUCUAUUUGAAGCGGUAUCUACUGCAGGAGGUGGAUUUUAUGCAUCAAUUAACUUGGCAGAUCUCGAAAUUCCAACCACAUAUGAGGAACUUGGGUCUAUCGUUAAGAUUUCGCGCAUUAUGCUUCAGGUCAAGGUGUAUAACAAUUCGGUAUUAGUCCUUAAACUUAUGAAGGACAGAGCUGUGAGGGAAAAAUUCAUUCCUGGAAAAGUGGCGGUGAAUGCUCGAUUGCAGGAGUUCCGAUCACCACAGAAACAGAAAGACAGUAACCAGACAAAACCUAAAUCCGAUCUAUCAUGUACUGGAUCAUCGCCGGUGCCUAUCAAUAAUCGACUAACAUGCGACACUUGA